AUGAAGUCAUCUCGAAUUUGUAGAAAUAUCAAUGCGCCAAGAAUGAGACUGACAAGUACCAUAUGGCUAUGUCGGGCAGCAUCUCUUCGCUACACGAGCUCAUGUGCCCAUUUAAAAUACUGUGAGCAGUUGAACAAGAGUUUUCUUCACAUCAAGGGACCAGAUGCCGUGAAGUUUCUAAAUGGACUGGUUACCUCGAAGAUGCUUCCAACAUACGUAAAGAAAAAUCUAACUACCAUAGAAGUGGUCGAUGAUAGCUUGUCUGACUUCAAAGCGGUGACGGACUUUGAUACCGCUCAGGGAAAUUGGGGCAUUUUCAAGGAAGUUGGCGCCAACGGCCCUUACAUUUCACGAUUUGGGACCUAUACAGGUUUACUGAACAGCAAAGGUAAAAUCAUGACCGAUGCAAUUAUCUACCCCACACCAGUGCUUAUUGAUUCGGUAGAAUCACGUAAAUAUCCAGAAUAUCUGGUAGAAGUGAACAGAGACAUUAGUGCCCAAAUAAACCAUAUUUUCCAAUCCCACACGCUGGUGAGUAAAGUCAAGAGUAAAUUGGAGCCCACAGGGAAAUUGAAGUCCUGGUAUUUAUCGCUUAAAUUUCCGGCUGGAAUUGCAGACGAAAAUCCAUGGCUAUCUGAUUUGAUUAUUCCAAUGGAAACCGUUAAAGCCCCAACAAUCGCGGUAGAAUUCGCCAAGCACGUCUUGGGGACCUUUUUUCGGGGCCACGAAGACAAGGUAUUAGGACUGUUUAUUGACCCUCGAAACACAGAGCUACUCUAUGAAAGCCCAGACGCGCCACAGGUGUUUCGCUUAGUGACAUCGUCGGAUGUCGCUGACGUCAGUAAUAUAUUUCACGCGCCUGAUAUACCGUUUGACUUGGAUAUCCAGAAGAUCGCUGCCGAAGAUAUACGCGUCGAAAGGUUUACGAACGGCUAUGUGGACGGCCUCACUGAUUUCAAACAGGAGACCGUUUUACCCUUGGAAUUGAACUUCGAUUUCAUACCAAAUGCUGUGAGUUUCGAUAAAGGCUGUUACGUGGGCCAAGAACUAACUGCACGAACAUUUUCCACAGGGGUUCUGCGUAAACGGGCGGUACCGGUAGUGCUAGAAAAUGCGGAACUACUCGAGAGCUUGAAAUCUGAGAAAUAUCUGCAAGUUUGGGGAGACAGCCCUUCUACUACAGAUACGGCGAUCUUAGCACAUGGACCAUUUGCAGGCAAAUCCGCCACGCGCAAACGUCGAAGGCCGGCCGGCUCUCUACUAUGCUACGAAACUGAUCGCGGCGUGGCAAUUCUGAGAAACGAGUAUCUACGAGAGGCAUUCGAGCUUGGUAAAAUGCCAGAUUUGUACAUCGAAAUCGAAAGCGCGGGCUCAAAAGUGCGUGUUAUACCGCAGAAACCUCAGUGGUACGAAGAGUGGAGCGACGAGUUUUCAGAGGCGCCUACCGAGGUUUAA